AUGUCAUUCUUCAAUGCCUUACGAGAAAGAGCUGUUAGUACCAUCAACCAAGUUCUCGACAAAAACAAGGGCGAAAAAUUGACCAAGGAUGAGUUAUUUUGUCGGUCCCACAACUUACCAGACAAUGAAGCCAUUUUAGGAGAAUCGGCUGUAGAAUUAUCAAUUAAAUCAGAUAACAGCUUAAAUGAAUACAGUCAAUCACCUCAGGGUAGAAUUUUCCUCACUAAUCACUUCCUAGUGUUCUGGGAUGCUUUCGAUCGAAGAAAUUGUUCUUUUGUGUUGCAUUUAUCUACAGUCAAGAAAGUCGAAAGGUUACCUUCAAGUUCCUAUGGGUUUGCCUUGAGCAUAGCUACCCAUUCCAAGUUGAACGUGGUGUUCUACCUCAUUGGAUUGAGGUCAGAGAGUGAAAAGUUCGCCCAUGCCCUUAAGAUAGCAUUGAAAGAGAAUCUCCCCAAUAUCGCUAAACUCCAGCCUUUCAUCCAAUCUUGUUACUCGGAGUAUAUCUUGGCUAAGAAUAAGAUCUCCCAUGAGAACAUUGAAGCAGUGCCACCGGGAGGUUUAGGGAAUAAGUUCAAAUUCCCUGGAAAUGUGGUAGAAUUGCGGGACAAAUCGAAAAUGAAGUUAUGGUUUGAUCUUUUCAGGGCUGAUGGAAGGAAUUUAUCAUUAAUUAAGACCCCCAUGUUCCAUAAGCUUGUCAGAGUAGGUCUUCCUAAUCGUUUAAGAGGUGAAAUUUGGGAAUUAUCUUGUGGUUCGAUGUAUUUGAGAUUAGAUAAUCCUCAUGAGUAUCAACAGUUAUUGAAAGAUAAUAAGGAUAAGACGUCAGUAGCCAUUGAGGAAAUAGAGAAAGAUUUGAACCGGUCAUUACCGGAGUAUGCGGCAUAUCAGAGUCCUGAAGGGAUAGAACGACUUCGUAAUGUAUUGACAGCUUAUUCUUGGAAGAAUCCAGGGGUAGGAUAUUGUCAAGCCAUGAACAUAGUGGUGGCAGCAUUGUUAAUUUUCAUGAGUGAAGAACAAGCUUUCUGGUGUUUGAAUGUUAUCUGUGAUCGUAUUGUCCCAGGAUAUUACUCCAAGACGAUGUAUGGAACAUUAUUGGAUCAGAAAGUUUUUGAAUCCUUGGUUCAGGAGACAAUGCCGAUGUUAUGGGAUCAUAUUAACAAACACGACAUUCAGUUAUCAGUAGUAUCAUUACCUUGGUUCUUGUCGCUAUACCUCAAUUCCUUGCCAUUGGUGUACGCGUUCAGAAUUUUGGAUGUUUUCUUCCAGAAUGGAUCUAAAACCUUGUUCCAAGUAGCUUUAGCUAUUCUUAAGAUCAAUGGGGAAGAGUUAUUGAAGUUAGAAGAUGAUGGGAUGUUUAUUCAAUUAAUCAAAGAUUAUUUCGCUACGUUGGAUCAUUCAGCUCAUCCUGAUUCCAAUAAUAAUCGGUAUAAAUCCAUCACUAAGUUCCAAGAAUUACUUGUAACAGCAUUUAAAGAGUUCUCUGUUAUUGAAGAUUCAACUAUUGAGAAGCACCGAGCCAAACAUCGUGAUUCCAUCUACCUGAAUAUUUCAACUUUUGUUAAAAGAACAGAAUUAAGGAACUUACCUAAAACCCCUAACUUAUCGGCUGAUGAUUUAAGUGUUAUUUACGAUAGGUUCUAUUCCAUAGUGGAAACAUAUAAUGUGACCAUGGCCAGUGGGAAGAAUUCUAUGGAUUUUGAAGCAUUUUAUAAAUUCAUGACCGAUAUUUGUGAUUUUAUCAACAUUAACACUGCUGAAGACCAACGGAAAAUCAUCAGGGACUUCAUUUAUCGAUUAUUCACUCAUUGGUCUUCAUCAGAGGAUCAUCAGAUUACUUUGGCUGACCUAAUCAUCGGACUUAAUAAAUUGGUUGAACCCGACUUGAUGUCGUCAAUGUCGGAAUUCUAUCAAUUAUACAAUAACCCUGCUACUGAUAGAAUUGAUAGGGAAGGGAUCUUAAAGAUUUCAGAAGAUUUGUUGGCCAUAACAUCACCUUGGAAAGAUGGAUUGUUGUUGGAUAACAUUACAGAAAAGGAGAUUGAAAAUGCUGUAGCUGAUGAAGUUUAUCGUCAACAACAAUUGGAGAAAGAAGAUGGUGAAGGAGAACAAAAAGUUGUAUUACCUAGUGAAGUUAAUAUUGAUAAGAAGGAGAUAGAGGGCCGUCAAGCUGAAAGAUACUUAUCAGCAGCCAGUACAUUUAUUCAAAGAGCUUUUGAAUAUGCUCAACCUGAAGAACAAGAAUUACUUAUUAAAGAUCUUGCUAUAGAUAAUACCAUUAGUCAUAACGCUGCUUUAAACCCCAACACUCCAGUUUAUAUCAAUCUUCCUACCUUUAGAAUGGUGAUUUUAGCUGAUGAAACCUAUGAAUUAUUCUUCAGUAAGACUUUCAGACACUCUAUCCAUGUAGCAAAACCUCCUGAUGCCAAAUUUGAUACUAUGAGGAAUUUAAGGGAUAUGUUUGAUGGGAUUUUGGCUGAUGGACGUGCUGUGGCUACUAAAGUUCGUCGUCGUAUGGAUUCUGCUGCUUCUAAUGCGGUGGAUAAUGGUUCUAUGAAAUCAGGGAAAUCAAAAGUUGAACCUGUUGAAGAAGAAGAGGCUGAUGAUGAUCUUAAUAAUAUGGAUAUCCAAGAUCAAGAUGUUUUAUUAGGGGCUGAAGCAGAAAUGAACACCAAAAAACCUGAUAAUCAAAGACCGGGCUCCAACAGACCUUCGGUGGUGGAGAUGAGUGGUGAUGAUAAUCUCAUUGAGUUUGAGACAUGA